GGGAGCGGGGAUCUUUGGAGAAGAGAGGUUAGGAUUCAAGGGUUUGUAGUUUUGGGUUCAUUCGUGUUUCUUGUCCCCUCUGUUCGUUCGAUUGCUAGGGGAAAUAAAAAAGAGGAAGAGGUUUUGUGAUUUAGGUUUUUUGGAGAAGAGAGGUUAGGAUUCAAGGGUUUGUAGUUUUGGGUUCAUUCGUGUUUCUUGUCCCCUCUGUUCGUUCGAUUGCUAGGGGAAAUAAAAAAGAGGAAGAGGUUUUGUGAUUUAGGUUUUUUUUUUUUUUAGUGUGGGUCUGAUUCCUAAGGUGAACAAAAGAUGGCAAUAGCGCGAACUGGAGUUUACGUUGAUGAUUACCUCGAGUAUGCCAGCACUUUCCCUGCGGAGCUUCAGAGAUUGCUAAAUACAGUUCGCGAACUGGACGAGAGAUCUCAAUCGCUCAUAAACCAGACGAGGCAGCAAACCAAGUAUUGCUUAGGGCUUGCCUCACAAAGUUCCAAGAAGGGCAGUGGCAAUAAUAAUCAUUACAACACUGGACUUGAUGAUGACGAAACCGUUGAAAAAAUGCGUAAAGAGAUUGAGUCCAGCCAGGAAAAUGCGUUGAGUUUGUGUACGGAGAAGGUCUUAUUGGCCCGGCAAGCCUAUGAUCUUAUUGACAGUCACUUAAAACGACUUGAUGAAGAUCUCAAUAAUUUUGCUGAAGAUUUGAAGCAAGAGGGGAAGAUUCCAACAGACGAGCCCUCUGUUCUUCCUCCACUACCUAUAGUUCCUAAGCAGGAAAAGCGCAAGUCUUUUUAUGGCACACCUCAGCCUAAGAAGAUUGAUUACAGAGAUAGAGAGUGGGAUCGUGACAGGGACUUCGAGCUCAUGCCUCCUCCAGGAAGCCAUCGGAAAGACUUCACCCCUAUUGAUGAGCAGCCAAUCGAUCCAAACGAACCGACCUACUGUGUCUGCCAUCAGGUGUCCUUUGGGGACAUGAUUGCCUGUGACAAUGAGAAUUGUCAAGGAGGUGAAUGGUUUCACUAUACAUGCGUUGGUCUUACCCCCGAAACCAGAUUCAAAGGGAAAUGGUAUUGCCCUACCUGCAGGCUCCUCCCACAGUCACAUUAGUAUCAUUCCUACUUGUGACAAGGUGGCAAUGACAUCUUCUUUGGUACCUUCUCUUCUAGAAGAAUCUCCAUUUUUAUUGCAAUCAUGUCAUGUUUUAUACAACCUCGGAUUAAUCCUAAUUUUGCAAAUACUAAAUGCUACUCUCUGUCAUUUCCUGUUACAAUGAAUUAGACUUUGGAGACAAAUCGAGAGGUAAUAUUUGAAGAAUAUAAUGUCGAGCAAAAGAACAAUUCAA